AUGUAUGGCUGGCUUUUCAUGGGUUGUCAACUAGGAGCAUUUUUUAUUGAAAAAAUGAAUAUUAGGUCCUUAAGGAUACCUUUCAAGCUAUGGCAACAAGUUCGUAUACAUUUACCAAGAGUUUGGCGGGUGCUUAUCAAAAUAUUUAAGAAGAUUUUGGUUAUAAGCAUUGCGCUGUACUUGGUUUAUAAGAUACUAACCUUCAAGGAGGAUCCCAUAAGGCGGAAUGCUUCUCUUCCUGGUUGGGGACGCGAUACGCCCAGAAGUAUAUCUGAUUAUUUGGAUCCAAACCAGGAUACUGCGAUUAUUGUUCCGCGAGGUUUUUGCCAGAGCAAGGCCUUUUUGACAAUCGCAGUCUGCUCAUUCGUUCACCACUUCGAUCGGCGACGCGCCAUUCGAAUGCUUUGGGGCAACUCCACCGACUUUAACUACUCGUCCUUUGUGAAGCUCCAUGGCCACCUCAAGGGGAAAUACCUGGAAGUCCUGCCAGAGCGUGUGAAGCUCUAUGCCGAGUAUCUGAGUGGAGAGGGUGCCUCCUUGAAGGCGUCCGUACGGAUUGUUUUCAUUCUGGGCCGCCGAAACCUAGCUUCUCUGUGGGAGAAUGAGGCGGUCGCCAGGGAGGCGGAAAAGUAUAAUGAUAUCAUCCAGGAGAACUUCAUGGACACCUACAACAACCUGACCAUCAAGGCGAUUAUGGCUCUGAAGCACAUCAGCCAAAGCUGCGUGAACACGACUGCCUUCUACUUGAAGUGCGACGACGACACCUUCGUGAAUGUGCCCAAUCUGCUGCACUUCCUGCUCGGAGGAACGGUUCCGGUGAACAACGUCACUGCUUAUUACCAUUAUCGGGACACGUACAUGGCCACAUGGAGGCGGACCCGAUUGACGGAGAUUAAGGAUGUGAUGUACGGACGCCAGUUCUGCAACGUGCAUCCGAUCACCAACAAGUUGAACAAAUGGUACAUGCCAUCGUACAUGUUUCGUGGUAAAGUGUAUCCCCCAUACUUGUGCGGAUCCGGCUACCUGACGUCCAUCGAUGUGGUGCCGCGUCUGUACAAAGCCUCGCUGGGCACGAAGAUGGUGCUCCUGGAGGACUUGUUCGUCACCGGAUUAUGUGCGGAAAAGGCCGGAAUUAAGCGGAAUAACCAUCCGCUCUUCAGGUCCAGCUAUCCGUAUCCGCCGGAGGAAGAGUGCACCUUCAAAGGAUGCUUCACCGUUCACCGCGCCAAGGACUACUUGAUGUGGGAGGGCUGGUACCAGGUCAUUAACUACAGCAGCAAGUGUGAGCCACCAUCAAAGGCCAUUACUCUGCCCAAAACACACAGGUGUUAAAAAUGAAUAUAUUGCUUUACCUUUCUAAAAUAGCAGCCAUAAAAAAGUAUUAAAUGCAAGUGCAUAAUUUGGCA